ACCAGGGAGGCCCUUGUCACAAUCCUCCAUGACCUCCGACCCCAGGAUCGGUUCAAUAUCAUUGGGUUUUCCAACCGGAUUAAGGUGUGGAAGAAUCACUUGAUACCAGUCACUCCUGAGAAUGUCAGGGACGGCAAGCUCUACAUUUUCCAUUUGUCACCCACUGGAGGCACAGACAUCAACGGGGCCCUUCAGACAGCCAUCAGGCUGCUCAACGACUAUGUGGCCCACAAUGACAUUGAAGACCGGAGUGUGUCCCUCAUCGUCUUCCUCACAGAUGGGAAACCCACCUUUGGGGACACUAACACUCCCAGGAUUCUCAGCAACACCAAGGAGGCCACCCAAGGUCAGAUCUGCAUCUUCACCGUCGGCAUUGGCAGUGACGUGGACUUCAAGCUGCUGGAGAAACUGUCUCUGGAGAACUGUGGCCUCACACGGAGGGUUCUUGAAGAGGAGAACGCAGGCGCACAACUCAUCGGGUUCUACGAUGAGAUACGGACCCCUCUGCUUUCCGACAUCCGUAUUGACUAUCCCCCGGGCUUAGUGGAACACGCCACCAAAACCCUGUUCCCCAACUACUUCAAUGGGUCUGAGAUUGUCAUUGCUGGGAAGCUGGUAGACAAGAAGUUGGAUAAGUUGCAUGUGGAGGUCACUGCCAGCAACAGUAAGAAAUUCCUUAUCCUGAAGAGGGACGUGCCCAUGGAGCCCCAGAAAGUAGAGAAUGAAGUCCCCGGAGGCCCCAGGCCCAUCAGUGAUGGUGAAGAGGAUCCCAACCACAUUGAGCGUCUCUGGAGCUACCUCACUGUGAAGGAGCUGCUGAGCUCCUGGCUGCAGAGCAAUGACAAACAGGAGAAGGAGAAACUGAGGCAGAAGGCCCAGGCUCUGGCCCUGAGCUACCGCUUCCUCACUCCCUUCACUGCUUUGAAGCUGAAGAAGCCAGCACUUCACACAGACAGACUGGAGGAGGACCAUGGCAUGUCUGCAGUGACAGGACCCCAGACAGUGAUGCAGAGCCUGCGAGGAGCUGACAUGCAGCCAGAACCUGCAAUCAAGAAGCCAUACAACCCAAGAGUUAAAAUCUCUAAAACAUCAGUGGACGGUGAUCCCCAUUUUGUUGUGGAUUUCCCCUUGAGCAAACUCACUGUCUGCUUUAACAUUGAUGGAGAGCCUGGGGACAUCCUACGGCUAGUCUCUGAUCACAUGGACUCAGGUGUGACCGUGAAUGGAGAAUUGAUUGGGGCCCCCGCUCCUCCAAAUGGUCACAAGAAGCAGCGUACUUACUUCCGCACCAUCACCAUCCUCAUCAACAAGCCAGAGCGAUCUUAUCUGGAGAUCACACCCAACAGGGUCAUCUUAGAUGGUGGAGACAGGCUCGUCCUCCCCUGCAACCAGAGUGUGGUGGUGGGGAGCCGGGGACUGGAGGUAUCAGUGUCUGCCAAUGCCAGCGUCACUGUUACCAUCCAGGGCACCAUUGCCUUUGUCAUCCUCAUUCACCUCUACAAAAGGCCGGCACCCUUCCAGCGAAACCAUCUGGGCUUCUAUAUCUCCAACAGCAAAGGCCUCUCCAGCAAUUGCCAUGGAUUGUUAGGUCAGUUCUUGAACAAGGAUGCUAAACUCACAGAGGAGCCUGCAGAGUACAGCAAGAAUCUUACUAAUGCUCUACUCCCUCAGGCAGAAGGGUCAUAUGAGACUGUCCUUGAGGUGAAAGGUCACCGAGUCCCAGUGGUCUGGAAACAAAGGAAGAUUUACAAUGGAGAAGAACAAAUAGACUGCUGGUUUGCCAGGAACAAUGCAGCCAAACUGAUCGACGGGGUGUAUAAAGAUUAUUUGGCCUCUCACCCGUUUGAUACAGAGACAACACUGCAAAUGUACAAGAGAUCUGAAACUGGCAGCCUCAAUGAUGAGAGUGCAUGAAAGGGAAGUGACUUUGGGGACACCAUGGUGCACUCAGCUCUGCUUGUUGCUUGCACUUGCCUCCGCUCUUACGAUAAGCUGCACUCCAUAGCCUGCCUCUGAUGGAGAGGAGGUCUGAUGUCUGCUUAAACAAGGGGUAGGGGCAGAAAGCUUGAGUGAAAAUAUUAUUUCCUUCUUCUUCCUCUUCCUCUCUUCUCCAGCCUCCCAUCUACAGUGGAGAAAAAUGAUAGCAUCAAGGGGAGAAAGGUCAUAGUUAAAAGCCAGAAAAUUUACAUCUUGUACCAUCUGACUUGACCAUUGCAUAGCCUACCAUAAAGUAAGCCUUCCUGGUGAAGAAAAGUUGCUGUCAAAUUUGUUUUCUCUGUAGCAAUGGCCAAGUUUGUAUGCUGUGCCUUUACCUUAUAUUUAUACUUAGGACUCUCUCCUUAUAGGACUACUGCAUUCUCCAGAUGUGCAGCCAACCUCUUCCUGCAAGACCCCUCCCUUGGAGACCAGGCCACAAAGUCAUACAAACAGCACAUAACUUAGAUCAUUGGAAGUAACUAGGUCUUUUCUUAGGAGAGGAUUUCCUGCUGUGGAAUCUUGCCCUUAAUAAUCAGUUUUCAUGGAAAGAUAUUAAUUGAAAAAAUAGAAAAAUCUGGGCCAGGCGUGGUGGAGCAUAUCUAUAAUCCAGUUAUGUAGGAGGCAGAGAUAGGACUGUGGUUCUAAGCCAGCCCAGGUAAGAACAUUAGCAAGACUCUACCUUGAAAACAAGCCAGGUGUGGUGGUGUUGCAUGUCUGUGGUCCCAGCAAUGGGGAAGGCAGAGGUAGUAGGAUCGCAGCUCAUGCAAAAGCAUGAAACCCUAUCUGAAAGAUAACCUAAAGCAAAAAGUGCUGGGGGAGUGGUUUAAGUGAUAGCACAUCUGCCAAGCAAGCAGGAGGUCCUGAGUUCAAUCCCAGUACCACCAAAAAAGGAAAAGAAAAAUCUGCAUCCCAGGUACUUAUGAGUUUCUAAGGGACAUUUUUAGACCACUUGAUUAAUGGAUAUUCUCUAAUUGAUUCCAAUAAACGAAAUGUUUUUUUUUUUAAUAAACAAGACAGCACCAUGUGGAUGGUUUUUACUGGCCUUAGUGCAGAUGACAAAUGUUUUACUUGGAGUUCAUCAGCCUUUGCCCUAAAUCCCACACCUGUUUUGCCUUUGUUCCUCCAGGAAAUGAUAAAUUGUGCAUUCACAGGGAUGACCUGGGAGGCAAGAGCUUAGUCCAUCCUCUAUAGGAAGACUCCACCCUCACAUUCUCAGCAGGAAGAGUGUACGUGCUGUAAAAAUCUAGAAAGUCUUCCCACAUCCCAGAUGGGCAAAAGUCAGGAAAUAGAGUGAACCAGGGACCUUGAUUCCAGAACCUGAAUAAACCUGACGGACUAAGGAAAAGACGAUGAGUUCGAUCUUCCUUCUGAACCCUCUCUGUCAAGCAGGGCCACUUACCCCAAGGAAGUGGAAGUGAUGGAACUCUGCCUUCUCACCCUCCUUAGUUCCUGCUCUUUGCUCUGCUCAGUGUCCUCAGGGCCAUGCGGGAGGAGCCGGGUUGGAAGCUUAUGCACGCAGGAGGCAGUGGAUCGAAGAAGAGAGAGGAAGGAUGUGGUCAGGGAUCUAGAGUGUUUUGAUGUGCGCCAGGGGGAAAGGCUUUUGUGCUGUCCUCACACGAGGCUGCUUGCCUUGGGCACGAUGCCAGGGCAGCCUCUGCAAGGAAAUAGACAGCAGGCUUAGCACUUGGAGAGAAAUCCGUGCUGAGAAAAUUGUUUGUCGUAUUUACCUUCCCAUGGGAACCAUUUGAGCAGUAAAAUGACCUCUGACCUCUGUAUGUUCUGUCAGACCCAGCAACUUCAGGAGCCAGUUAGGGCUGGGUGACCACAUAGUCCCCUCUCCAACUCCAUCUUUCUCUGCUCCAUGAACCUGCCAGACCAUAACCCGUCAGCUGUGCUCUUUGUCUGACUCCUGUCUUUCCAAAGUCAGCUGCCUGAUUUCAUGCCAGAAGUGCAAAGAUGACGGGCGCAUAUUGCUAACAGAUGUGUCCAUAGUUUAGAGCCCAGACGAAGGAGGAACCUGCCCCAGGGAGAGCCAGUGCCAGGCCUGGCCAGGCUCUUGGGACCUUCCUGUUACAUAAAUCCCAGCUGGGCAGACAGCCCUGCAGCCAAGAGGCCCAGUCCACUGGGGCGCGCCUGGAGCAGUGGUCUGUUGUUCCAGGUGUGGCCUUACACUGUGGAGAGGAUGAUAUUAUUAGGCAAAACUAGUGACCACUGCUUCUGCUGCCACCUUGUCAAACAGCAGAAAAGCAUAUUCUAGUGAGAUUCCAUCACUGGCUCUCCUACCCAGAAAAAAUGAAUCAAAAGUGUCAAAGAAGAGCUUUUAUUUUAAGAAGUUAUGUUUUUACUUUAGACAUGCAUCCCUUUUCUUUUACCUCUUCUGUAGGUGUAGAUCUCUCUCUCUCUCUCUGUAUUUACCAUUACAUUUUUUGCUUUAGCUAGACAUUUGUGUCUAUGGGUCUCGAUCCCACCCAAUGUUAUUCUUAGGACCUUUUCUCAUUUGACUAAACCAUGCAGUGUUUUCUAUUGUCCACCUGUGCUGUGGCUAGAACUCUCUUUAAAGUAAAUGCAGAGGAAAGGAGGAACUCUCUUUUCAGAUGGGGAAACUGAGGCAGAGUGUAGUUGUGUGACUUUCCCCAAGUUAUAUAAAAGGCUUAGAGCAGGGCUAGGCUGAACUUGCAGAAUUUGUUAGCUUUGACAUCUGGUCAAUCAUUUGUUUUCCUUAAGCUUUAAGAAAAAAGCAUAGAUGGGACGUUACUAAAUGAGUAAUUGAAUGGGAUUGAGAAAAAUGUUGAAUUUAGAGGAGAUAAAUCUGGUUGUUAUCCUAAUAUUAAUAAGUCAUAAUGGACUAACUGGAAUCUCGAUCCAGGCCCCAUUUCUGGUUCCAAUCUGCUCCAUCUGAUGAAGAAAAGCAGCUGAGUAGGUCGUCCAUAAGGGUCUUCCCAUUUAAACUUUCAUAUCUGCCAAAUAAAAAGGACCAAGCAUUCCCUCCCCACCUGUGCUAGCUCCCUUAUCAUCCUCUAUUUGACUCCUCCACACUCUGUCAGAGCCAGGCAGCUAUCCUGAGGGUCUGGGGAUCGAAAAUUGGAGACAGUGACAUUUUGUUCCUAUCAGGAGUAAUGGUCCACGGGUGGAUUAGGAACAGGAUUCGUUAUCGUUUGGGUCAAUAGAUGCUGUGGAUAAAUCAUCUGUAAAAGCCUAGGUCCCCAGUGUGAUGGCACUCUGAGACAGGACCUUUUGGAAGUGAUGAAGUCCCAAGGACAGAGUCCUCAUGAAUGGGAGUAGGGUCCUUAUAGGAGGAGACAUAACAGAUGAUCUCUCUUCUCUCUGCCAUGUGAGAUACAAUAAGAAGAUGGCUGUUGGCAAAGAAGAUAGAGACCUCACCAGACACCAAAUCUGUCAUUGCAUUGAACUUGGCCUUACUAGCCUCUAGACCUGUGAGCAAUAAAUUCUUGUUGUUUAAACCACAAGUCUAUGAUAUUCUAGUUAUAGCAGUCCAGGCUAAGACACUAAAAUAAUUCAAAAUAGAAAGGAAGAUUCUUUUUCCUUUCUUCAAGCUGCCCAGAAUGUACACAAGCAAUGUUGUUUUUAAACUUUGAAGGACUCUUAGAACCAUAAGAACAUGAUCCAGCUAAAAUAAACAGCAAAUAAAAUAACACAGCUAACCAAAUACUUAGAAAUGUAACUUCAAAUAUUUAUUUUAGUCUGUUUUAAAUAAUUUGUAGUGUGCAGGAUGGUUCACAUUUCAGAGACAUUUUUCUUAAACAAAAGUUUGUAGGAAAAUGAUGUCUAAAAACAAACAACAUGGUGUGUUUAUUUUUUAGGGAAAAUGGAAUCAGGGCUACUGAGAAUAAAACUCGAUGGCUCUCACUGUGCUGCUGGUUUAUAAGAAUUUCUGAAUUACGGUCAUGAGCUAUGUAAUUACAUUUCUGUAAACAGUGGGCCACUUGUAUGACUGUGGUGCCAGAAGACUGUAGUAGAGUUGAAAUUUUUCUAUUGCCUCGUAUUUUUACUGUGUUUUUAAAUGUUUAGAUGUGUUCAUCUACGAAAACACUUGACACUGUGUUAUAAUUGCUUAGAGGACAAGUAUAGCUGUACAAGUUUGUAUCCUGGGAGCAAUGAGAGUGCCAUAUGGCAUUGGUGUAUAAUAAACGACACCAUCUAAGUUUGCCUAUGCAUAUUCUGUGAUGUUCACAUGGCGACACAUGACAAAGCCACUUAUAACACAUUUCUCAGAGUGCAUCCCAUCGUUAAGUGACACACAACUGUACACAAAAUGAUAUGUAGAAGGAGUAGUGACUUUGGAAGAAUAAUGCUAACGUAACACAAAUUACUGCAGAAAAA